UUUCUACACCGAUAAAGUGGCAUCGAGACGCCAACUUUAACAUAUUAAAUAGAUGAUCGACUAAGUUUGUGAACCGUGUUUAUGAAAUUGUGAUUAUCGGGAAACCGAAAUACCCGAUGACAUACAUGCAAAACGUAUAAUUUAUCGGUACGAAAUGGAUGGUACAUUAGGAACUGAGGCGCAAGCACAGCAGCUGAUGCUUGACCCUCAUCAUUUGAGACAGAUAGAACAACAGGAGAUCCAAAAACAGCUAGCGAGUGUUCCUUUACAGACCCAUCACCCUCACCAAACUAUGACAAAUACUCCUCCGAUGGGGAUGCCAUCAGGAACGAUAGAAUUACCCUCAACGUCACUACCGAGCCUUCUCAGUUUGAAUGUUCCACCUCCAAUAGCAAUGCAACUAGCUCAAACAGUAGAGCAACAUGAGGAGGAUGAAGAUGUGAUCAAGGGUGCUUGUGAAGAUGACGUAAUGGGAAUUGACACAAUUGGGUCUGCUAAGCUUCCUGUUGCAUUGGAACAAGCUCUUGCUUUAAAAACCGAGAGAGCCAAACAACUAGGUGAUCCAAAUGAUAAAGUUGGCGAUAUCGAUCUGAACCCACCGGGACAUGUAACACACCCCUUUACAGAAACGCCUGACCCUCAGGAAAGCUCGAUAACAGAGCGCGUUCCUCUAGACGAUCCACUUGUACAAUCUGGGGAAGUUAGUGAACCAGGUGUGCCAGGGGAAUUACGAUCCAAGUACGAAGCAAAAGCAAAUAAGAGUAGGAAGAAAAAGAAAAAACGCAAGAAGAAGAGUACAGAGAUAAAAAAAACUGUGGAGAACGGUGUUGGCAAACAGGGAAGUCAGCAGCUCUCUCCGGACUCGAAAUUUAGGAAUAUUGAGGAGGCAGAGGUUGAGUAUGUUCAAGAAAUUCCAAGCAUAAACGACCUGGAGCCGAUGUAUCGACAGUUUGCGCGAGUUUUUGAUGCUUUCAAACUCACGGAACCUGAAAUUCGGAGUGGUGCAGGUGCAGGGGCAGUCGGUGACAAAAUAGAGCCAAUAGGACAAUAUCCACCUCUAUCGAACAUUGCAGCUACAGGCCCACCGAGUAAGGCUCCCUUAAUCGAUGACUUUGACGACGAUCCCGUCCAGCAUAAUCAGCACAAUCAGCACGGUGGCGGGCAAGGUUUGGGCGAGGGUGGUGUGCCCCGACUUUCUAAACGUAAAUUGAAAAGAUUAACACGGCUGAGUGUUGCUGAACUAAAACAAUUGGUAGGCCGCCCCGACGUAGUUGAAAUGCACGACGUUACCGCACGAGACCCAAAGUUAUUAGUGCAGCUGAAGGCACAUCGUAACACCGUACCUGUGCCUCGGCACUGGUGUUUCAAACGCAAAUACCUCCAGGGCAAACGUGGUAUCGAGAAGCCGCCGUUUGAUCUUCCCGAUUUCAUAAAGCGUACCGGAAUCACGGAAAUGCGAGCCAGUCUUCAGGAAAGGGAUGAUUCGCGCACCCUCAAAGCUAAAAUGCGGGAACGGGCACGACCGAAACUUGGAAAAAUUGACAUUGAUUAUCAAAAACUUCACGACGCUUUUUUCAAGUGGCAGACGAAACCUCGAAUGACUAUUCACGGUGACCUGUACUAUGAAGGAAAAGAAUUUGAAACACGACUCAAAGAAAAGAAGCCAGGCGAGUUAUCGGACGAAUUAAGAACAGCUCUAGGAAUGCCGGUUGGGCCGAAUUGCCACAAGGUACCACCCCCCUGGUUGAUUGCAAUGCAACGUUACGGCCCACCACCGAGUUAUCCAAACCUGAAAAUACCUGGGCUGAAUGCCCCAAUACCAGAAGGAUGUGCAUUCGGUUAUCAUGCCGGUGGCUGGGGAAAACCACCUGUCGAUGAAACAGGACGUCCGUUAUACGGUGACGUCUUUGGUGUGGCUAGAACACCAGGGGUCGAUGCUAUGGAUGAAGAGGUGGAUCGAGGUAUGUGGGGUGAGCCGGAAUCCGAAUCUUCAGGGGAGGAGGAUGACGACGAGAACGGUGACGAUGACGACGAAGGUGAGGGCAAUGAAGGCAAGGAUGGCGAAGGGGGCGAUGCAAGUGGCUUGGUUACACCGGGAGCUGAGGGUCUGGUCACUCCUAGUGGUAUUGCAUCAAUACCAGCAGGACUAGAAACUCCGGAAACUAUCGAGCUCAGAAAAAAGAAAAUUGAAAAUGAAAUGGAAGGUGGAGAUACCCCGGCACUCUAUCAGGUAUUGCAGGAACGCCGUGCCGAGGGGCUUGGAUCGAGUAUGAUGGGAAGCACACAUGUGUACGACAUGACAGGAGCCGCAGGUGGGCAGGCUCCUCCUUCGGUAAUUGCUGCUGCUCGGCGUUCCGGAGCUGCCGGAGCAGGAGCACCAGGAGCUGGAGGCAACCUGGGUACAACGGGGGCUAGCGGAGGAGGUUCUGGAGAGGGUAAAGGUGACAGGGAUGGCGCAGUGGAGUUAGCUCUUGAUCCAAGUGAGCUGGAUUUGGAUUCAGAGGCUAUGGCGUCACGCUACGAGGAGACUAUGCGAUCUCGCCAGGCUCACCUUCGUCGUGAAGAUCUCUCUGACAUGCUCCAAGACCAUGUACAAAGGCAAAAGAGCAAGAGGAAACGUCAACAAAAUCAAGAUACCAAAUCUUCGAAAAAGUACAAGGAGUUCAAGUUCUAAUCUCUGGUCGAGGACAAUUUAUCCAAGUGAGGGUAAUAAUAAUUUACAAUAAAAAAUUCCACGUGUAUUUCAAUUGAAUAAUAAUUAUAAAAUUAAAAAUAUACAAAUUAUAAAAUUUAA